GUGAAUCUUGUUUCUUUGCAUUACAGCUGACAUCACGUUGGCUGAAUGGGGUCGUAAGGCCAUUGAGAUUGCAGAGAAUGAGAUGCCUGGUUUAUUGAUGAUGAGGAAGAUGCAUGCGGAUUCUAAGCCGCUGAAAGGAGCCCGGAUCGCAGGCUGCCUCCAUAUGACUCUUCAAACUGCUGUAUUAAUUGAAACCUUGACUGCACUUGGAGCAGAGGUCCAGUGGUCGAGCUGCAAUAUUUUUUCUACUCAGGAUCACGCAGCUGCAGCAGUUGCCAAAGCUGGAGUUCCUGUAUAUGCAUGGAAGGGAGAGACAGAUGAAGAAUACAUUUGGUGCAUUGAACAGACUCUGUAUUUCCGUGAUGGAAAACCCCUCAACAUGAUUUUGGAUGAUGGUGGGGACCUUACGAAUCUGGUUCACAACAAACAUCCUAAGCUCUUACAAGAUAUCAAGGGUAUCUCUGAAGAGACUACAACUGGAGUGCACAAUCUCUAUAAGAUGCACAAGAACAAACAACUUAAAAUUCCUGCCAUCAAUGUGAAUGACUCUGUAACUAAGAGCAAGUUUGAUAACCUGUAUGGGUGCCGAGAAUCACUUAUUGACGGUAUCAAGCGUGCCACAGAUGUUAUGAUUGCUGGUAAAGUAGCCGUGGUGGCAGGAUAUGGUGAUGUGGGCAAAGGUUGUGCACAGGCUUUGCGAAGCUUUGGAGCCAGAGUUGUUAUAACUGAAAUUGACCCCAUCAAUGCUCUACAGGCUGCUAUGGAAGGUUAUGAGGUCACCACCAUGGAUGAUGCAUGUAAAGAGGGAAAUAUAUUUGUGACAACAACUGGCUGCAAAGAUAUCAUCGUGGGAAGGCAUUUUCAAGAAAUGAAAGAUGAUGCGAUCGUUUGUAAUAUUGGCCAUUUUGAUAUUGAGCUGGAUGUGAAAUGGCUGAAUAAAAAUUCAACCAAGAAGGUGAACAUUAAACCCCAGGUGGAUCGAUAUCAGCUAAAGAAUGGUUGCCACAUCAUUGUUCUUGCCGAAGGUCGCUUGGUGAAUCUUGGUUGUGCAAUGGGCCAUCCCAGCUUUGUAAUGAGCAACUCUUUCACCAACCAAGUUCUGGCACAGAUUGAGUUGUGGACCAACCCUGGCAAGUAUCCAGUGGGUGUACACUUCCUGCCAAAGAAGCUGGAUGAGGCUGUGGCAGCUGCGCACUUAGAGAAACUGGGAGUGAAAUUAACCAAACUAACGUCAGAUCAGGCAUCUUACCUUGGAAUUCCUCAAGAUGGACCCUUUAAACCAGACCAUUACAGAUACUAAACAUUCUGCUGAAUUCAAUGAAAACCAAAGUGCAGCAACAUUCCUCUGAAGGGUUUGAUUUGUUGUAAUCUAUAGUGGAUCUUCAUAAUGAUCAAAUGCUUACAAAGUCCCAGGAAAACGUAUUGUGCUGCUCUUAAGCAAUUGUGAUAAUUUAAUCACCAAAGCAUCUUAAUUUUGUAUCUAUAUUGAUAUUGAAAUUAAAUAAAUUUCUGCAGAAUUUUAUGAAUUA